CAGAGGUUGCAGCCAUAUAUCUCUCCUCAUAGAUCCAGGACUCUGCAGCUCUUCUUCAGACUUCCAGCCAAAGCUCCCGGAGAGGAACCAGCUGUCAUUCCCGGUUCCUCCGCAAGGAUCCACCGGUGGUUUGGGACUCCAAGAAGCCGCAUUUAAAGCCACUAAACACGGGAACAAUGAAGAUGCUCCUGUCUCUGGUAAUCUUCCAGCUGCUCUUGGCUCCAGUUCUUAUGGUGCCCAGUGUGGAUCACUGGGACGCAUGGGGUCCUUAUGGAGAAUGCAGCCGGAGCUGUGGCAGCGGAGUGACCAUGAGAACCAGACGCUGUAUCACACACAGGACUGAUGGAGGACACAACUGUGUAGGACCGAUCAAGUCUUACCGCACCUGCAACAUCCAGGACUGUCCAGAGGGAUCCAAGGAUUUCCGUGAGGAGCAAUGCUCCCAGUUUGAUGGGACUGACUUCGAGGGGAAACUCUACAAGUGGCUCCCAUAUUACGGAGCUGAGAACCCCUGUGAGCUGAACUGCAUGCCAAGAGGAGAAAACUUCUUCUACCGUCACCGCAGCUCCGUGGUGGACGGGACGCCCUGUCACCCUGGACGGAGGGACGUCUGUGUGGGGGGAGUCUGCAAGCGUCUGGGCUGUGACAACAUGUUGGAGUCUCUCCAGCAGGAGGACCCCUGCCUGCAGUGUGGGGGCAACGGACAGUCCUGCUACCAAGUCAAGAGCAGCUUCACCAUACGCGACCUGCCAACUGGUUACAACCAGAUGUUCAUCAUCCCUGUUGGAGCGACCACCAUCAGCAUCAGAGAAACAGUGGCCACACGCAACUACCUUGCUAUCAAGAACCUGCGUGGUGAGUACUACCUCAAUGGCCACUGGGUAAUUGAGUUUUCCAGGGCGACACCUAUUGCUGGGACGAUGCUGUACUACCAGCGAGGAGCUGAGGGUGACAACGUCCCCGAAACCAUCAUCGGCCGCGGCCCCACCACUGAACCCCUCGUUGUUGAGCUGAUCAGCCAGGAGCCAAACCAAGGAGUGGAGUAUGAAUUUUAUCUUCCCAACGGACGCUCCAGACAAGGAUACUACUGGAGUUUUGGAUCCUGGACUUCCUGCAGCAGAGAAUGUGGAUCAGGCUACCAGUCUCGUUUGGUCUUCUGCACCAUUGACAACGAGUCCUACCCCGACUAUCUCUGUGCAUCUCUGCCAAGGCCUCAGACCAACCGCACAUGCAACCCUCAUGCAUGCCCACAGAUCCGCAGCUGGCAAAGCGGAGAGUGGAACACCUGCUCCGUUACCUGCGGUGGAGGCUCUCAGGUGCGCAGCGUGCAGUGCGUCUCCCAUGAUGCCGCAGGCCCCCGCGUGGUGGAGGAUGCUAUCUGCGCCACCUCCGCCGAGGCACCGCCCACUCUGCAGACCUGCAACAUGCAGAAGUGUGCAGAGUAUCAAGUGAGCAGAUGGAGUGCGUGUUCGGUGACUUGUGGUUCAGGCGAGCAGACCAGGGAGGUCACCUGUGUUGGUUCAGGAGGAAUGCGUCUGGAGGAAACUUCCUGCAGCACUCUGCUCCGCCCGACCGCCGUGCGACCCUGUGAGAUGGCGGCCUGCCUGAGACAGAUCAGCUGGCACGUCGGAGACUGGGGACUGUGCUCCAAGAGCUGUGGUACCGGCUCAAGAGAUCGGCAGGUGAUCUGCUCCGACCGGGAGAGGAACCUGUACCCUGUGGUCCAAUGUAACGCCUACCCCAAACCCUCCGCCGUGGAGCGCUGCAACACCCAGUCCUGCUACAGCCCACAGGUGGUUCCCAGCAUCCAGGACACACGAGGACACGACAACACACAGACUGUUUUCCAGCCUUACGUUCCAGACCACGCAACAGCCCGCAGACCGGAGACGGAUCCGAGCCAGACGAACACAGUCCAAGACCCUCACAGCAACGCCCCGGCCCUCCACUGCAGCCAGUCCUAUUAUGGCUGCUGCCCGGACGGACGCACUCCAGCCGGAGGCCCCCAGGAUCUGGGCUGCCCACAUGUCCCAGCUCCCACUCCCGUCCAGCCACACUGCGUCCAGACCAGUUACGGCUGCUGCCAAGAUGGAGUGACGGCGGCUCAGGGCCCCAACAGGGAGGGCUGUGUGGAGUACGCGGCGGCCCCUGCACCCACUGCUGUUCCUUCUCUUCCCACUGAGAAUGCAGUGCAGUGCCGCAUCACCACCUACGGGUGCUGUUAUGACCGCACCACACCUGCAGCAGGACCCAGCGGAGAAGGCUGCCCCAACCCACCCAACCACAUCGAGCGCUCCGUCUGCUCGCUGCCCCGCGCCGCCGGCUCCUGCAGCGGCUGGGUGUCCCGCUACCACUACGACGUCAUCGCCUCCAAGUGCGUGCAGUUCUGGUACGGAGGUUGCCACGGCAACAGCAACAACUUCAUGACCCGGGCCGAGUGCCAGAGGGGUUGCCGGGGGCCCGCAGCUCCCCAGCAGGGCCCGGGGCCGGUCGCUCCCGCCGCAGUGCCGACUGCUAGAAGAGAGUCCACCGCUGUGAGGACAGCAUCUGGAGCAGGACCAGCAUCUGGAGCAGGACCAGCAUCUGGAGCAGGUGGAUCCACAUCUGGAGGGUCAACAGGUGGGGGGUCACGCAGCAUGGGGAGGAUUUUCACAGUCCAGGGGGAUCGAAGCGGCACCAGCAGACAGGCCAUGAGCGCCGCCAACCACGCCCACAGAGCCAGAGUCCUUCUGCGCCCUCGCCGACCUUCCCACGCUAACGCUGCACAGCACACCGGCCCAGCAGCGAGUUUGACCCUUGGAGAAGUGACCAUCGAUAAGUCCGACCCCUCCACAGUGGAGGCUUUGGUGGGCCAGACCGCUGUGCUGCCCUGCAGAGUCAGCCCGCCGCCGUCCUCCACCGUCAACGUGGAGUGGAGAAAAGAUGCCGUCCCUCUGUCAACUCACAGGCAUCACCAGCAGCCCAACGGCUCCCUGUUGGUUGGUCCUCUCACUAAGUUGGACUCUGGUUGGUUCUUGUGUGUGGCCACUCGUGAACAGGAGAGAGACCAUCGCUACAUUUACCUGUCUGUCUCAGAGGGAUCCCCCCCGCUGGUUCCUACCUCACUGCCCGGAGACGGUCCUCUCCCUCGCUUCAGUAUCGAGCGUUCCAGUUCGUCUUUGCUGGAAAUGCGAGCCGGACAAACUGCCAGACUGUCCUGCACCAUCGUCCCUCCGUCAGCACUUCAGUCUGUCAGCAUCCAGUGGACCAGAGACGGACAGACCCUCAGUGACUCCAGGAUUACCCAGCAUUCAGAUGGAACUCUCACCAUCGGCGUUCUGAAGUCUUCAGACUCGGGCGUCUACACGUGCACGGCCUCCUCUCUGCAGCAGCUGGAGCAGAGACAGCUGCAGCUCAGAGUCCAAGCCGACCUGAAGAUCACCACGGCUCCCAAUAACAUCAAGGUGUCUGAAGGCAGCACAGCUCAACUCCCCUGUGUGGUGUCAGGAGACAACGUCAGCAUAGGCUGGUCCAGAAACGGCAUUCCAGUGCGUCCAGACGGCCGUAACAUCCUGACGUCCUCUGACGGCAGCCUGAUCCUGAAGAACGUCAAGCCUUCAGACGAGGGCACGUACACCUGCAACGCCUACACCGGCAUCUACUCUGUGAGCGCCACGGCCGAAGUCAGAGUCAUCAAACACACACAACAAGGUGAUGAUGUGCCGCCAGAAUGCGUGGACCACCCCGAACUUGCCAACUGUGACCUGAUAGUCUACGCCCGACUUUGCUCCAACUCGUACUACUCCAGCUUCUGCUGUGCCAGCUGCACCAGGCACUCGCAGAAGAACGACAGGUUAGGCCGGCUGGGCUAGAGCGGCGGAGGUUUUUAAAAGAAACUGUGGGACGGAUGGGAGAGGGGACAACGGCGAGACAUUAAAGCUGCAUUUCGAAAACCUGAAAACACUGAACUUUUGCCAAAAGUACUCAAAACACUCAUAUCUAUUGUGCAGAAUCACAAUUCAAGAGUGCACCAGAAUAAAAGGGAUGAUUACUAUUAGAUGUUGUUAAAUCUGUGAACCUGGAGUUCAGGGAGUCUGUCUGUACACUGCUGCAUUAAACACUGAAUAUGGAGACAAUAAAUAGGGGCCUUAAAUAUUAAACUAUUAGUCGAAUGUGAUGAAGCAAGAGUCAAACUUUCUUUGUCGUUCUUCCUCCGCCACGUCUUUAAAAAUAAGUUAUUUACUCUUUGGACCUUCUGUACGUGUUCUCUGUUUUCUAGAGAAUUGUUUUACUUUCAGGUUUAUCAAAAGGAUUUAACGUGUACAUCCAGAGAAAUUAAACUGUA